AUGAAAUGGUCAUGGAGUUUUUCUGCUCGACGCCAAGAGGAAAGAAGGCUUGCUGAGAGGCGCAGGCGCAGAAGCGACCGUCCUGGCCCCCUGCCAGCUGUCCGUGAACGGACCCUGACGCUACCAUUCCCACCUACCAACAAGGACUUCGUCCAAAAUAAUCGUCAUCAAAGAACCUGCGAUCAGCAGCAAUCUCCCUUUUUCGCCAAAUUCCCAGAAGAGAUCCGGUAUCUGAUUUAUCGAGAGGUCCUGGCUCCAGGAGAUAAUCCGGAGCUCCAUGUCGCCAGUGCAGACCAACGACUGCUCAGUCGGCGCUGCAUUAAUGAGAACCGGGAUGUCCCGGGGCUAGAGCACCGCUGUUGGGGCCGUCACUACAAGCAAGACGGCACAACGGCCCGGAAUCAGAACAUGGGGGGAUACGAGCCCGAGGAUGAUUCUCCCUACCCCAUGAGACUAGGAUUAUUGCGCUCGUGCCGACAGGCAUACUCGGAGUCCAUUGAUAUUCUAUACUCUCAAAACACUCUCAGCUUCCGUCAAACGCGAACUAUCGUGGAUUUCCAGCGCACCAUUAUCCCCCAGCGCUUGCACAGCGUUCGAUCUAUGAAUCUGUACUUUCUGCUCCAACUGCACUGGUACGGCACACGCCUGGAGGAAAUUGAACAUAUCUAUCCUUUCGACAUACCUUUCUUCUGGGAGUCUACCUGGAAAAUCCUCGCCGAGAUGGAGUCGUUGCAGAGCCUUCGGGUUGAGUUCACUGAUGGGCGUGUUGACGAUGAGUACCCACCGCGGGAUGCGGUGAUACAUCUUCUGAAGCUGAUGACGGCAGUCAAAUUUCCGAAUUAUGUGGUCCAAUUCGAUUGGGCGGUUGAGGUAGAUGAAUUUGUAGGCUUGUUGGGGAACAAUCUGCCUUUUGAAAUUCAGGUCAAAGAGAAACCUGUACAGCCCGUUUAUUAUUGGUAG